CAAUGACAGUCAUUGAAUUCGAUUUUGUUUUGUUUUUUAAUAUACAUUAUUGAUAUCAAAACAUAUAUCAAGCAAAGCUUAUAGAAUUCAAGGAAAUUAUAGAAGUAUAGUAUAUUAUCUAUAAUUAUAGGAAUUAUUUAUAGGUAUACGGAGAUUGUGUUUCGUUUUGUGGUUUGGUUAAUUCUUGUGGUUACCUGAUUAAAAUUAUCUUGGUGUCUACACAACUAUAUUAAUAUAUUACAUGCAGCAUUUAGUUGUACUCGUUUAGAUUGAUGUAAAUUAUGAGAUUAGUAUAGUAGCAUUGCUGAACUAGAACACUAGUUUCGUCAUAUAAAUAAAAAAAAUAUUGAAAUUAAAUAUUGUUCUUGAAUAGUCAUUAACUACAGAUUUUUGCAAUGGACGAAGACGACAUAUCUAUCUUAUGUACUAGUAAUAACAUUGAUGAAAUAAACAACAUUUUACAGCAGUUUUUGAAAAGUAAUGAAAAUGUGUUUACAUUUCCAUCAUUAUGUGAGAACAACCGAAGAUUGCUACUGUGGACAGCUUUAUUUCAGCAUCUUCAGAAUAAGUCAUUGGAGGCUGUCCAUGCAUUGUGUCUCGCUACUAUAAGGGUUCUCAGUCGAGAUAAAUUGGAUUUGGAGGCAUUACUAUGUGAAAAGUGGAUUACAGUACUGAUUGAAAGGGCUGGUUACUAUAAUAUUAUGUCAGCAGGGGAUGAAUCUGCAAUAUCUAUAGAUGUGGCCCAAAAAGAGGUUAUAGUUGAAGCAUUAAAGUGUCUCUGUAAUCUGGCUUUCAACAGUGAAGUGGCACGUGCACUGUGUGCUCACACCAAUAUUGCUCAGGUUCUGGUUUCUAGAGUACGCCUCUAUAGAGACAUACCAUUCAAAGAUGAUAUUAUGUUGUUUGAUAUGAAAUUGCUCUUUAUACUAACAGCCUUGAGGCAUGAUAUUAAAACAAAAAUUAAAGAUGAAUUACAUGGUAUGGAUUACCUGAUAAGUUGCAUCAAUGAAAUCAUAAUAGAGGCAUCACCUAAUAUAACAGAAAUAAAUCCUUCAGAUGGCAUUGACAUGGUGGAAAGUGCCCAUUGCAUCUUUCAUGAUUACCAGCAAGCUAUAAUUUGUGAGAUACUGAAAGCUCAGUUCAAUUUGAUUAUUCAUUCGGGUUCGGAGGAAGCUAUUAAUGAAGUUGAGGAAGCCAUGUUCUUGAAAUUGAUGGUUGUUCUUACUACACUGUUGCAUGUUGGAACUUCCAAUGAGAGUAAACUUGUGGAGUUAAAGAGUAAUAUUGCUAACUUGUUGACAAGUGUACCUCUGCUGUUUUAUCCUUACCUAACUCCACAACUGAAUACUGGAGAAAUAUGUCAAUAUGCCUAUGAGGGAAGAAACAUGGAUGCCUUACAUUCACUUGUACUUUUGUUCCAGAAUAAAUUAUCAAACACAACGAACACUAAAAAUCAGUAUGAGAGUUUAUCUCCUAUACUGACAGUAAUGGUAAAGUGUGCGCGCAGUUGUCGUGCACAACGCAAGUACUUGCGGCAGGUGGUACUACCGCCGUUACGUGACGUCUCGAGCCCGCCCGAAAAAGGAACCACUCUUCGCAAUCAGUUGUGUAGGCUCCUCACCACACCUGUAACCUCAGUCAGAGAUUUGGUGGCGGAAUUUUUGUUUGUGCUAUGCAAAGAGAAGGUUGGCCGCAUGGUGAAGUACACGGGAUUCGGCAACGCUGCGGGUCAUCUCGCCCAAAAGGGACUACUGAGUGGUGGGCGCACCGGGCAGUACUCAUCUAGUAGCGACGACUCCGACACCGAGGAAUACUUGGAGGCGCAGCCUCACAUCGAUCCUGUCGUGGGUUGCACGCGGCCUCCUCGCGUAGAUCCCUUUGAGGGGAUGUCAGAGGAACAGAAAGAGUAUGAGGCUAUGAAACUAGUGAACCUGUUCGAUAAAAUGGUGACUGAUGGAGUAAUGAAGCCCGCACGAAUUGGUCCGGACGGACGACCACAGGCUGUCGAUCAUGUAUUAGAACUCAGAGAACAACCACCAAAUAGACCACAGUCAUAAAACGGCGCAUAACAUUGAAAUAAAUUGAACAAUAUGAAAUCUCUUAUAUUUCUAACAGAUAAGAACAAAAAAGAAUU